UUCUAUCUCGAUCCAGCACCUCAUCUUCUUCAGAAAUCAGAAUCGGAUCCCCUGCUGCAACUAGCUAGCUAAAAAUUAUAUAUUAUUUGAAGCUAGGCUAGGCUAGAUGAUUUAGUAGCUAUAUAUAUAUAUAUAUAUAUAUAGUUAGUAAGGAGCAGCUUAGCCGAUCGAUCCGAUAUAUUGUGUCUGAUCAAUGAGAGACCAGCUGUCCUUGUUUCUGAUCAAGAACUCUCUGGGAGCCAAGAUGAAGAAAGGGUUGAGAAAUUUUUGCAACGACGAUGGCUCAACCUCUACCCUCAACCAACAUCACAAGAUGACCAGCUGCACCGCUGGCCCUGCUGCUGCUGCUGCUCAUCAUCAUCAUACUACUUCUACUGCAGCUGAUACCUCCUCCACUAAUAAUAUUAUUAAUCCAGCAGUUCCUGUUGUUCGCUCUCCCACUAAUUAUGAUUAUUAUUUGCAGCAAAAUAUUAAUCACAAUAUUGAUACUAUUGCUUCUUCUAAUUAUAUUAAUAAUUCAGAUCAUGAUCAUAAUCAUGAUCAUCAUCAGAAAAGCCCGCAGCCGACGUUGGAGGAGAUGAUAUUGCGGUUAGAUUUGGAGGAGGAGAUAGCGGCAAGAUCAAAGUAUUCAAAGCUGAAAGACUACAACAAGAACAAGUACUACAAGGGUAGAAUGUCUUGCGUCAACAAUUCUGAUAUCUUAAGGUCUGCAAGGAAUGCAUUAAAUCAGUACCCUCGCUUCUCUCUUGAUGGCAAGGAUGCCAUGUACCGCUCCUCCUUCAGAAACAGCUUAGCUGCUGGUGCAGGUGGUGGAAGAAAAUCAGACGUAUGUUGCAGCAGGCCUAGGAGCGACUGUCGUGGUCGUCUAUCAGGGAAAGUAGCAUUAUAUGAGGAUGAUGAUAAUGAUACAAGUAGUAGUAGUUAUAAUAAGCCUAGUAGAUUGCCUUUGCCAGCCACUUUAGCAGGGGAGAGCGUGGUGUGGUGCAAACCAGGAGUGGUAGCCAAGUUGAUGGGGCUAGAGGCCAUGCCAUUGCCAGUACCUCUACAUCAUAUUGGUGGUGGUAAUGGUAAUGGUAAAGAUCAAAAGCUGGGUAUCAUCGACGUCAUGAACAUGAAGAGACGGAAUCUCAUGAUCAGGAAGAGAGCUCAGGAGAGACAUGAUGAAAUGCAGACAAGACUUGUUACUAAUAAUUAAUUAUAUGGAUAUAUAUAUAUGAAUGCCAAUGGUACUAUAUGCAUGCACUGUGAUCUCUCACUCACAGUUAUUAUUAAUAAGAAAACAGCAGUGCCAGUGGUUUACAUUAUAA